UUCCUUUUUCAAAGCCGACUCACUCACGUUUGCUUUCGAGCCCCCACCCCCCUCUCUCUCUCUCUCUCAUCUCCACGUUUCUCUCUCGCCGGAAUGUCACUUUCCGAUCACAUUUCCGUCAACAGACUCUCUCUCUAAAAACACACACACAUAUAUAUGUAUGUCAGAUCUGCAAAGAAGAAAAGAAGGAACCAGCAAUGAAACGCACUGAAAGCUUUGCAGUUGCAGAGAGAUAUUCGUAUCAUAUAGUGUUGGAGUAGGUAACACAAAAUAAGGUUUGCAUUGAAGUGCCGAGCAGAGGCUGUUAAAUGAUCAGCGGCGUGUAAAGAUAGCGUAACACUUAAGGUUCUUGAUUGCUUGAUAAAAUGCCCCACUGGCAACCCAAAGAGCCUGAGCAAAGGCAUGUCAUCUCCAGGAGGCCAUUACAGGACUCAAUGAAUCAGCAUUCACUAUCCCAAGAGAGCUCUGAAGAUGCAAAUAAGAUUGAAGGGAGCGGCAGGGGAAGGAGACGAUCAGCGAAAGGAUCAAAAAUGGAAACUGCACACAAUGUGAAGCCUGAAAUAUUCAAUGUAGAGCCGCCUCCUUCGAACAAAAGCCUCGUGUUACACAGAAGGCCCGGCUAUGGCCAACUGGGUACCAAGUGUUUGGUUAAAGCCAAUCAUUUUCUAGCUGAAAUAUCAGAGGGGGACUUGACUCAGUAUAGUGUUAAGAUUAUCCCAGAAGUUAAUUCAACUAAAUUGAACAAAGCUAUAAUGGCCCAGUUGGUGAAGCUUCAUAGAGAUACCGACUUGGGGAGGAUGCUGCCUGUUUAUGAUGGAAGAGGAGCGCUUUACACAGCCGGGCUAAUGCCUUUCACUUUGAAGAAGUUUACCAUAAUAUUGGCAGACGGAGAUGAGUCAAUAGGCAUGGCAAAGGAACGAGAAUUUGAAGUAACAAUCAAGUUUGGAGCUCAUGCUAGUAUGCAUCAAUUGCGUGAACUUCUUUCUGGGAAACAAGUAGAUACUCCUCUAGAGGCGCUUAAGAUCAUUGAUAUUGUGUUAAGGGAGCUUGCAGCCCAAAGGUAUGUUUCAGUUGGGAGAUUCUUCUAUUCCCCCAAUAUUAACAGACCACAGCCUCUUGGCAACGGUUUACAGUCAUGGCGUGGUUUCUACCAGAGUAUAAAACCUACCCAGAUGGGGUUGUCACUAAAUAUUGACAUGUCAGCGACCGCAUUCAUUGAACCACUGCCUGUUAUUGAGUUUGUAGCUCAAAUUUUGGGUAAAGAUGUUUAUUCAAGGCCACUAUCGGAUGCAGAUCGUGUUAAGGUUAAGAAAGCCCUUAGAGGUAUCAAAGUAGAAGUUACACACAGGGGAAACAUGCGAAGGAAGUAUCGUAUUGCAGGGUUGACAUCUCAGCCAACAAGGGAACUUAUUUUUCCAGUUGAUGAGGAGAAGAACAUGAAAUCGGUUGUUGAAUACUUUCAAGAGGUGUAUGGGUUUACCAUUCAACAUCCCCAUCUACCUUGCCUCCAAGUGGGAAAUCCAAGGAAAGUGAACUAUUUGCCAAUGGAGGCUUGCAAGAUAGUUGACGGGCAGAGAUACACAAAGAGGCUGAAUGAUAAGCAAAUAACUUCUCUGUUAAAAUUUUCAUGCCAAAGACCUCAAGAACAAGAAAUGGACAUUUUGAAGACAAUGCACCAAAACGGAUAUAACCAAGAUCCUUAUGCAAAAGAGUUUGGCAUCAGUAUUGAUGACAAACUUACAUCAGUUGAGGCUCGCGUUCUUCCAGCCCCAUGGCUGAAAUACAAUGAUAACGGGAAAGAGAAAGAGUUUUUACCUAAAGUUGGUCAGUGGAACAUGAUGAAUAAGAAAGUGAUAAAUGGAGGUACUGUAAAUUACUGGGCGUGUAUCAAUUUCUCACGAAGUGUCCAAGAAAGUGCAGUUCGAGGUUUUUGUCAUCAGUUGGCUCAGAUGUGCCAAGGCUCCGGCAUGGAAUUCAACUUUGAGCCUGUAAUUCCUAUCUACUCAGCAAGACCGGAUCAGGUAAAGAAGGCUUUGAAAUAUGUAUGUAGUGCAGCUGCAAAUAACCAUGGAGGGAAGGAGUUAGAGUUACUUAUUGCCAUUCUUCCGGACAACAAUGGCUCUUUGUAUGGCGAUCUGAAACGAAUUUGUGAAACAGAGCUGGGGUUGAUUUCACAAUGCUGUCUUACCAAACAUGUCUUAAAGAUUAGCAGACAGUACCUGGCAAACCUGUCACUUAAGAUUAAUGUCAAGAUGGGGGGAAGGAAUAAUGUGCUCUUAGACGCUUUAAGUUGGAGAAUUCCUUUAGUAAGUGACAUUCCGACAAUAAUAUUUGGAGCUGAUGUAACUCAUCCAGAGUCUGGGGAGGACUGUAGUCCAUCAAUAGCUGCUGUUGUAGCUUCGCAGGACUGGCCGGAAGUUACAAAGUAUGCUGGUUUAGUUUGCACACAGCCUCAUCGGCAAGAACUUAUUCAAGAUUUGUACAAAACUUGGCAAGAUCCUCAAGGGGGCACGGUUGGUGGUGGCAUGAUUAGAGAGCUUUUACUAUCCUUUCAAAAGGCAACUGGACAAAAACCGUUGAGAAUAAUAUUCUACAGAGAUGGCGUUAGUGAUGGGCAGUUCUAUCAGGUUCUACUAUAUGAACUCGAUGCAAUUCGUAAGGCGUGUGCAUCACUUGAAUCCAGUUACCAACCUCCGGUGACAUUCAUUGUUGUCCAAAAGCGCCACCACACUCGACUUUUUGCAAGCAACCACAACGACAAAACUAGCAUCGACAAGAGUGGGAAUAUCUUACCCGGUACUGUGGUGGAUACUAAAAUUUGUCAUCCUACAGAGUUUGACUUCUAUCUAUGUAGUCAUGCUGGGAUACAGGGAACCAGCAGACCAGCUCAUUAUCAUGUUCUCUGGGAUGAGAACAAUUUUAGUGCAGAUGAGAUCCAAUCUCUGACGAACAACCUGUGUUAUACAUAUGCACGGUGCACUCGAUCUGUUUCUCUAGUGCCACCCGCGUAUUAUGCUCAUCUGGCAGCCUAUCGAGCUAGAUUCUACUUGGAACCACAUGUGCAUGAGAAUGCUUCAAUGCGUGCUACUCGUACAGUUAAUGGUCCAUGCAUCCGCCCACUACCCGCCUUAAAGGAGAAGGUGAAGAAUGUGAUGUUUUAUUGUUAGAGAUAACAAAGAAUAAGUACAACAUAAGAAUCAGAGGGAAAAAAUGGGUGAGAAAUUUGUACAUGAAUGUUGUGUUUAAAGAUUGCAAAGAGAUGAUGUGUCACAAGAUUUUGUGUCAACAGGAUUUUGUUGCUAGUGUAAUUUUUAGCUCAAAAAAUUCAAAAUGUGGAAUACAAAAUUCUGAAGUGUUCACAA